UUUAUUUUAACAUUCCAGGUUUAAUUUUCUGUAUUCCAAGUUUAUUUUUAUAUUUCAAGUUUUCAAGUUUGAUUUUCUAUAUUUUAAGUUUAUUUUUGUAUUUUGAUCUCUGGCGUUUCUAUUGCCACGAAACUUUUUUGGCGCACACUCUCUCCAAUAUUAAAUAUUUCCAUGUACUUUUUUCUAUUUUAAAAUGUCCCUCCUAUUUUUCCCUCAUGAUUUUUUUCCUCAUUUAUCUUCUUGUUUAUUUAAACUUUCUUUUUUAGAUACUUUUAUUUUCUUCAAUUUAAAAUUAAUUAAUACACCUACAAAAAUAAAUAAAAAAUGCAGUCAAUUUCUGCAAAUGAACUGGCUGUUCUAAACAACUUGCAGCAAGCCGCCGCAGUUGCCGCGGCAAAUGUAGUUGGAGGAGUUUCUAAUUCUGUUGUGUCUUCUCUAGGGGGACCUCCUCCCGUUUCCAGUCAAUCUGUUGGGGUUAAUAAAAGAAUCCCUGGAGGAGUUACUGGAGGGGUACCCUCAUCUAUCCAUAACAACAACAACAACAACUUGCAGCAAUUGAAUGGAGGAGGGAUUUCACUACCUCAUCAAGCCUCUACAGGCAACAUAGCAUCUGCUACCAAUUCUCUAUUAAUGCGCUUUACUAAAAGCAAUUGUUUUCUCUGUGAUCUGCCGAGAAUGCCCUGGGCUAUUGUGCAUGAUUAUGCAGAGCCUGUAUGCAGGGGAUGUGUAAAUUAUGAAGGGGCUGAGAAAAUCGAAGCUGUUAUUGAAAGCGCCCGUCGUUUGAAACAAGUACAUGCAGCUCUAUCUUCUGGCCUUAUAAGUGGUGCCCCCUCUUCUAGCUCUACAACAGCCCCAUCCCUUCCAUUGGAACUCUUAAAUGCAACAAAUAUCCACCAAAACAAAACCUCAAACCAAUCCAAUGGCCAUAACAACACUAAUACAGCUACAUCAACAACAACAGCAGCAGUUUCUGCUUCAGCAGCUGCUAACGGAUUAAACAAUCGUUUUAGUCCUCGAAGUUUAAAUGGUCCUCAACAACAACAAAACGUUCAAGUUCAACAAAAUGGCACUUCCCCGUUAAACUUGGUUGCUGCACACUUAAAUGGAAACAACAACAAUAUACCCGCAAGUUUGUUAGAAAGCAUUCAACAACAGCAGCAACAGAGAGCUUUGCUAAAUGGGGGAAAUGGAAGAGCUGCUUUAAUGGGACCAGUGUUGGAUGAGGUAGUAUAG